AUGGACGAGCUUAACUGUGAUGAGAAGAUUGCUCCGGAGGCUUUAAUUUCCAAGUUCGAAGUGAGAAGACUCCUCAAGCAAGACCAGAAUGGCCGACGCAUUGCCAUACUUGGAUUGAUUGAUGGCAAGCAAGGCAUCCUCACUGCCGAACGAGCACCAUUCGCGACCGAAUCUCUUGAAGUUCUGACGGCCUUCCACGCUGCAAUCAGCAAGGUCAACAAUCUCGGCGACAAUGACAUAUACAGAUGGUAUCUUGCGUCUUCAGGUACAAGGGAAGACGACCAGCAGUCCUAUGACCUUAAACUGAACCUUAUCUGGCCGUGCACGGAAAAGCAUAUCAAGAAGUACUCGGACCAGGUGUUACGCAUGGUCACUGAGACACCGGAGAUUUACCGCGACUAUGUGCAGCCGUACAUGAGCGUGCAGCGGAAGGAAGGGAGAUUGAACUGGGUGUUCAAUAUACUCGAGGGCCGGACGGAGCAGGAGGAUGUGAUUCUUCGUGAUGCAGGCAAGGGCCCGGAUGAUGGGUUCUUGAUGCUUCCCGAUCUCAACUGGGAUCGAAAGACUAUGGGAUCUUUGCAUCUCCUUGGUCUUCCCCUGCGGCGAGAUAUAUGGAGUUUGCGGGACUUGAAGAAAAAGCACGUUCCCUGGUUACGCUACCUGAGGCAGAGAUUGUUGGAGGGAACGGUGAAGAUGUAUCCGGAGCUGGAGCAAGAUCAGCUUAAGCUUUAUGUGCACUAUCAACCGACAUACUAUCACUUCCAUAUCCACGUGGUCAAUGUCAUGCUUGAGGCAGGUGCUACGCAAGCUACGGGAAAGGCCUUUGGAUUGGAGAAUCUCAUUUCGCAACUGGAGACCAUGUCUGGUGACGACGAUGCAAGUCUAGCGGAUGUUAGUUUGACCUACUAUCUCGGGGAAGCCAGUGAGCUGUGGACAACCAUCUACGAUCCCUUGAAAAGAGGAUUGAAGCCAACGAUUGGCAAAUGA